UCCCAGACACGUCACAUGGAUACGAGUGGCCAUGAAGAAUACGAAGAAGAAGAAGCUGAAGAAGUUGAAGAACACCAUGAAGCAGAAGAACCUGAAGUAGAGGAGGAAGCAGCUCAAGAGGAGGAAUAUUAUGAGGGGGCCGAGGAGGAAGAACACGGAGAAGAAUAUGAUGAAGAAAAGCCAAAACCCAAGAUCACUGCACCUAAAAUCCCAGAUGGAGAGAAAGUAGACUUUGAUGAUAUCCAGAAGAAGAGACAGAACAAGGACUUGAUUGAGUUGCAGUCUCUCAUUGAUCAGCACUUUGAGGGCCGUAAGAAGGAAGAAGAGGAACUUAUUGCAUUGAAAGAUAGAAUUGAGAAACGUAGGGCUGAGAGAUCUGAACAACAGAGGAUCAGAGCAGAGAAAGAGAAGGAGCGUCAGAACAGACUUGCUGAAGAGAAGGCAAGAAGAGAGGAACAGGAUGCCAUGAGACGUGCAGAGGAUGACAUGAAGAAGAAGAAGGCUCUGUCCUCCAUGGGAGCCAAUUACAGUAGCUACCUGGCUAAGGCUGACCAGAAGAGAGGCAAGAAGCAAACAGCCCGUGAGCAGAAGAAGAAGAUUCUGGCAGAUCGUCGCAAGCCCCUGAAUGUUGACCACAUGAAUGAGGACAAACUCAGGGAGAAGGCUAAAGAGCUUUGGGACUGGCUGUACCAACUGGAGUCUGAGAAGUUUGAGUAUGGAGAGAAGCUUAAGAAACAGAAAUAUGAGAUUACGACUCUGCACAGGAGAGUAGAAGAACUCUCUAAGUUCAGCAAGAAGGCAAGUGGAGGCAAAGGCAAAGUUGGGGGCCGCUGGAAGUAAGCUCCCCCAUAAAGAAGACCAUCUCCUGACAGAGAGCAGCCCCUCUCCACCCUUCAUUCAUCAGUCCCAAUCGUGCAGGAAGCUGGCUACACUGAGCGCCCUUCAAGAUAGUUGUCCUGACUUACCCCGAAGGCCACCGUUUACUCUCUGUGGACUGCUCUGUAUUAUCUCUCUCUUUUGUAAAUAAAGUGUGACGCUUC